GUUUAGCUUUCACAUGGUUCCGGUUGUAAUCGAAGGUGAGAGGAUUUUUGAGAAACGUGAACUUGGAUAGUUCUAAUGGGAAACAUCCGAUCAUCAACAUCCAGGCCACUAACUGAUGCAGCAGCUCUACAGCUUAUUACGGACAUCGUUUCUCAGAACUGCGUUGUGAUCUUCUCAAAGACCAGUUGCCCUUAUUGCGUAACUGCAAAGAACCUGUUCCAUGAGAUUGGUACCAACUACAAAGUGCUAGAAUUGGAUCAGCAUGAAAACGGCAGGCAGCUACAGACUGUGUUGGGAGAAAUGACUGGAGCACAUACGGUUCCAAGAGUAUUUGUGAAUGGUUCUUGCAUUGGUGGAUGCACAGAAACCCAGCAGCUUCAUAGACAAGGAAAGCUAGUUCCACUAGUAAAGGAGUGUUCUUAAUGUAGGAUACAACGGCACAACCAGAAAGACCCAGUGCUAUUCAACACAUUACCCUAUGUCUGUAUUUGUUCACAGGACUGGAUAGUGCUGAGAAGUAGGAGGAUAUUAUGUUACAUUCUUUGUUGUGUUCUCUUAUGUACCAUAAAAGACUAUCUGGAGCAGAUGUGCAGCAUUUGUGACUGGAGCUCACUGUUGCUGGCUUUACCCUGACCGUGGAUGUCCCUAUUUGAGAUACUCAUUUAUAAAUCACAAAUAUUACUUUACAUUAACUGAAGAUGAAGAUGCAUAGGCUGUGGAAUCCUCAUUUUUAGCACUUAUGAUUUUUAUAUGGUUUAAACGUACUGUGUUCUUUGUUCGGAUAAUACUUGUGCUUAUUGUAAUGAUGUGUCAAUACCACAAUGCAAGUAUUUGCACUUACUGUGAUGAUGUGUGAAUAUUGAAAUAUAUGUCUAGGCACUUUU